AUGUUGGCUUUUGCUAGUGGUAUUAUAGCCGGUGCAGUUCUCUAUCACUACUGUACUAAAAAAGAGGUACAGACGCUUCAAUUGUCGUUGAACCUGCUCAUUUGUACGCUUCAGGAGGUCUCCGAACAUAGUCCCGAAAAGCAGUCAGCGCCGCCCACACGAAACGUAAAAAAUGCAAACUGCCACCAAGAUGUUCCUGCACAGCCCGUAAUGUUCAACUGCCAAACGGCAAGAAGUGUAUCGAUGGCCACUUCGAAACAUCCGAGCAGCGCCAUCAGAACUGCGAAUCUGGCAAGUGCGAUACGAAUGGCAGAAAGACGACAAAGUUCACCUUGUGCUGUGAUGCCAUCGUCAGUUCCUGCACCUGCAGGUGGCAUCCCUCAACUGGAACUUGUAUCAUUGCCGGAAGAAAUGGUGGCAACCGCCGAAUUACCCGAACCCGAAAUCUUGACCGCAAUUCAGUAA